AUGGCACCUCCAUCAUCCGCAGUUGGUGCUCCUGGUUACGAUGCUCCACCUGGAAGCAAUGGCCACACCGGCAUCAGCAUGGGACCUCCUGCGCUGCCUCCAGUAGUCAUUCCCCAGAACAACAACACGGUGGGCAGUCCUACGAGUCUAGAUGAAGCCAUGUCACCCUCGUCUGGCGGGGUCGUUCGGAGAGCUGCCCCCGAGCCAAACAAGAGAGCGCUGUAUGUGGGUGGACUCGAUCCCCGGGUGACCGAGGAUGUUCUGAAGCAGAUCUUCGAAACCACCGGCCACGUGGUCAGUGUCAAGGUUAUCCCGGACAAGAAUCAAUUCAACACUAAGGGAUUGAAUUACGGAUUCGUCGAAUACGAUGACCCCGGCGCCGCUGAGCGUGCUAUGAACACUCUCAAUAGCCGCCGAGUCCAUCAGGCUGAAAUCCGUGUCAAUUGGGCGUAUCAAUCCAACAGUUCGAACAAAGAAGAUACCUCGAAUCAUUUCCACAUCUUUGUGGGUGAUUUGAGUAACGAAGUCAACGAUGAAGUUCUAUUGCAAGCGUUUUCUACAUUUGGUUCUGUUUCCGAAGCUCGCGUCAUGUGGGACAUGAAGACUGGCCGCACUCGUGGCUAUGGGUUUGUGGCCUUUCGUGAAAGGCAAGACGCGGAGAAGGCCCUCGCCUCGAUGGAUGGCGAAUGGCUUGGUAGUCGCGCCAUUCGAUGCAACUGGGCAAACCAGAAAGGUCAGCCGUCCAUCUCACAACAACAAGCAAUGGCGGCGAUGGGCAUGACUCCGACCACUCCUUUUGGCCACCACCAUUUCCCCACUCAAGGCGUCCAGUCUUACGAGAUGGUGGCCAACCAAACUCCUAGCUGGCAAACUACAUGCUAUGUCGGUAAUCUUACGCCUUACACGACUCAGGCCGAUCUUAUUCCCCUCUUCCAGAACUUUGGCUAUGUGGUCGAGACGCGCUUCCAGUCCGACCGCGGGUUCGCCUUUGUGAAGAUGGACACCCACGAGAAUGCAGCUAUGGCAAUUUGUCAGUUGUCUGGGUACAAUGUCAAUGGCCGCCCCCUGAAAUGCUCGUGGGGUAAAGACCGUCCACCAACCAGCCAGUUCGACACCUAUUCACCACAAACCUCCAUCGGAUCUGCGUCAACUCCAGGCGGUUACAAUCCAGCCUCACCAUACUUUCCGCAAUAUGGUGGCCCAGGUCCCCUGACGCCACAAGGUAAGAUGCGAACUGCAAGUAUGCAGAACAUGGCUAACAGAGUUGCAGGCCCAAGUCCUGGUGGUCGUGGCAAUUGGGAUUCGAACCAUAUGCCGAGUCCUUACACUCAGUCACCACAGUCCGCAUUUGGCCAGGCUCCUCCGUCAGCUGGGGGCUAUGGUCGUGCUCCGGGACCACCAGUAGGAAUGUAUCCGCAACCUCCAGCAACAUACGGCAACAGCUAUCCAGGAUAUCAGCCAUAA